AUGGCCACUUCCAUCACCACCACUUCGGGGGCAAACCACCUGACUCUUGAGCCGAACCCUACGCAGCAGCAUCAGCAACGAACAUCCACACUCAGUAAUGUCCGGCCGUUUCUCAUCGGAGGUCUUUCAGGCAUGUUAGCGACUACAUGCGUGCAACCUUUAGACAUGAUCAAAGUUCGUCUGCAGCUAUCGGAUCAAGGCACGAAACAUACAGUCAAACCGUCAUCACUGACGGUGGCACGGGCCAUUUUGUCCCAAGGCCGCAUAUCUGAUUUCUAUCAAGGUCUUACUGCUGCACUCGCACGACAAAUUGUUUAUGGAACAUGCCGAUUAGGUUUCUUCGUCACUUUCGAGGAUGCUCUGAAGACGAGAGCGGAGAAUAACAAGACCACGUACGGCUUUCCGCAACGAGCAUUUGCAAGUGUCUGUGCCGGAGGACUUGCAGCCGCGAUUGGGAAUCCCACUGAGGUUGCACUCAUACGCAUGCAAUCAGAUGGUCUUCGCCCUAUCGGCCAGCGUGAGGGGUUUCGCUCCGUCUUUGAUGCUGUUAUUCGGAUCACGCGAUCGGAAGGGUUGUUCGCUUUGUGGGGUGGUUGCGCUCCUACUGUUAUUCGAGCGAUAGCUACAAAUUUUGGACAGUUGGCCUUCUUCUCAGAAUCUAAGCAUCAGCUUCGUGCACACACAAACUGGUCGGAACAGGCUCAAACCCUGACAGCCUCUGCCAUCGGUGGCUUUUGUGCGGCUUUCUUCAGCAUGCCUUUUGAUUUUGUGAAGAGUAGACUUCAGAGUCAGCAAAACGUCCAGGGAAGCCGGGGGAAGUAUAAUGGGAUGAUCGACUGCAUUGCGAAGGUCGUCCGAGAAGAAGGCCUGCUAAGGUUUUACAGAGGAUUCCCCGCAUAUUUUUCGCGGAUGGCUCCUCAUUCUGUGAUCUCUUUAGUAAUCAUGGACAAGCUGGCGUCGAUAUUCAAGUGA